AUGGCCAUUAUGUCUAUGCUCUACUCCAGCGAGACUCCAAGUUGGAACCUGCUUUGUUAUAACGAGAGCUCAACCGAUUGCGCACCUUGCGUCUGGACCAAUUUGUCCGCUUUGCCGGCCAGCAUUUCAGAUGCCAUACCCGCAUCGGAAGACCCUCGAAUAGAAAACCUAAGGCGAUAUUCCUACGGCGUAGCCCUACCAUCGAUCUGUCUUUUGGGAAUCAUCGGCAACAUAUUCAAUUUGAUAGUGCUGACAAGGAAGAACAUGAGAGGAACAGCCUAUAUCUACAUGAGGGGGUAUUCGGCUGCUGCCCUUCUAGCAAUCCUGUUCGCUUUGCCGUUCGCGUGGCGAGUUUUGGUUCAUAGAGAACACGGUCACUGGGAGAACAUAAUCCCAGCGUUCUACUUUGCUCACCUGGAACUGUUUCUGGGUAACGGAUGCUUGGGCAUUGGCGUAAUGAUGCUCCUCGCGCUCACUCUCGAACGCUACGUCAGUGUUUGUCACCCAGGAUACGCGAGGCCCAUCCUAGGGUCGCCCAUCAGGGCCGUGGUCCUAAUUCCGCUGCUUACUUUUGUCCUAUACAUUCCGUUUAUGUUCCGAAGCUACGUGAAAACUUGCCGGUUGUUGCCAGAAGGGAAUGUCAUAUACCAGAGGACUGAGAAUACCGACUACGUCACUCAUCCGUUGUAUAGCGUGUACAAAGUGUCGCUAGAGUUUAUUUUUAAGGUGAUUCCAAUCGUUUUGCUGGCGGCACUGAAUCUCAGGAUCCUCGUCGUGUACAGAAAAUCCUGCGAAAAACGUCGAAAGAUGACGAUCAGCAGGACGAGUUCUGGAGAGGAGGAUCCUCGGAAAUUCGCCGAAGAGAGGCGUCUAGUUCUUCUGCUUGGAUCGACUAGCAUUUUGUUUUUGGUCUGCGUCACUCCGAUGGUCAUUUUGAACGUUACCCUCUCGGAUUUAAAUCUGAUGAAGUAUCCCUAUCAGGUAUUUCGGGCCAUCGCAAACCUGUUGGAAGUGGCAAACUAUUCGAUAACAUUCUACAUAUACUGUUUGUUCUCUGAAGACUUCAGAAACACGUUGCUGAGAACUUUGGGCAUCGGGGAUGGAAUACCAAGCAGAGGAACCGCCAAAACUCCACAGCCCACCGCCACCACCACCAUAACCCCCAACACGAACCGCAGUGUUUGAUACAAGUCCGUUAGAUCGGAGGGUACUCCGGUCUAGAUGAGCAGUUUCGCUUUAUUUCGGAGAUUUUUCAUUUGGGGAAGAAGCUCGACAUUAUUGUUGAAAUUGUGCAAAUAACGCUGCCUAUAAUAUUUCAGUGUUUCAAAAACUACCUCAGAACGAUAACUGAUUUUGAUAACUGUAAUAGAUAUUUACAAAUGGGCAUUCAAAUACGUACAUUCCAAUAACUUCAGAUCUGAACUUGAAGGCACGCCCUAUAUUUGACCGAAGAGACAUAGAACACUAUAAUAUUGACCUGUUGUUGACCUUUUAUGAAAUUCGCAUGAUUUGCUUUCCACAAGCGACCAAAUAUCAAAAAAAUAUAUAUUUUGAACAAUCUCACCUAUAUACAAAAAAAUGACAUAAUUUAAUUUAAUUAAUGAAUCACGAGGCCGAUGGAGAAAUAACAAAAAUAAACGUUAUGAUGGUUGUAGCCAAGUAUUUGAAAAAGUAGUUCUUAUUUACUUCGUCUACUCGCACUAUAAGACUCCGAAUUUAUUGUUGGUGCCCCAUUAUAAAGAUCCAAAGUUACACAUUAAUUUAGUAACUAAUAGUUAUGAAAGUCACUAAGUGUUGCAAAAGAUUAUUUAUUAUAACAAAAAGCAUGCCCCAUCAAUAGAAUAAAUAACUGCAGAUUUAUCUAUGGUUUCACCUCUGUUUAUUCUGCGGGUCUAUCCGAUGCACUUUCUCUUAUAUUAAUAAAUAGAAGUUGGCGGUCAAAUAUACUGGCGUGUUUAAAAAAUAGCUGUGAUACGAAGGUGAAGUAAUUAUAUAUUAUUAGUGUAAAGUACAUGUAUAUUUAAUGCAUAAGGAACUUUUGCGAAUCAAAACUAAUUGUAUUUGUAACGUUAAGUGACUCUUACCGUUUACUGCCACGUUAUAUAGGAAAUUUUAACCACCACACUUAAUGGAAUAUUUAGAAUUAGGGGUAACGAUUCCGAAAUCUACAAAUUUUAUAGCCUUAAAAUAAAGUUAUUGUCAAUUCCGACCGCACAAUCAGGAUUCGCGCGUCCACGAAAAAUGGCCGCCGCAAAACGUUUAGCACCUACUUAUAAUUGGUUAUUUACACCCGCAGAGAAUUAAAACAAAGUGACAAACAACACGACAAAAUUUCAUUUUAAGUGGACAAUAACAUUGCACAUACAUACAUAAGUUGUAAGUUAGUGUUUGGUACUUACCUGUUAAUUAACUUUAUACAAAUUAAAAUGUAUCAUAACG